AUGUGUUGCUUCGGCGUGCUUCCCGGCCUCUUGGCCGUCGACGACCGGCGUGAGAAGAGUGAUGCGGCAGAAACGCCGAUCGUCGUCCUCGCGCCGCACCACGGUUUAUUGGAGGGCCUUUUCGCGGCCUACUACUUCGACGCGCGCCCGAUGAUGAUGCGGACCUUUGCCAAACUACCGGUGAUUGGAGCCAUCGUGCGGGCCAACGGCGCGCUGCUCGUGGAGCUCAAACGCCACAAGAAGGGCUCGAGCGUCGCCCCGGCGGACGCGAAACCGUCAGCAGCAGCGAGACAGGCCCUCGCCACCCACGCGGCCGACUACAAGGGCGGCCGCCCCGUGGCCGUGCUGCCCGAGGGCACGACGCACAACGGCGCGAGCCUCCUGAAGUUCUUCGAGGGAGCCUUCAAACCGCUCGCGCCGGUGCAGCCCGUCUGCGUGCGGUUUUCGGGGUGCGUCGACGGCUCGUUCUGCGGCACGUUGAUUUCCCACCUCGCGCGGCUGCUCAGCGCGCCGUACCAGCGCAUGACCGUCACCAUUCUUCCUGCGACGCGGCCCUUGGACGGCGAGGACGCCUCGGCCUUCGCGGCGCGCGUCCGCGCGGAGAUGGCGGCGGAGCUCGGCGUGCCUUUGUCCUCCUACGAUGCGAAGUCGCUGAACGCCGAAUACGUAGCGCGACGACGGCGGCGACCUGGGUAAGUUGUAUUUGUGUGAGGACGAGUACAGUCCUAUUGUUACGGUGCUAGGACUAGUGGGCGGACGAGUACAUUAAAUUUUCCUAGAGCGUCUCUGGAUCUAGCUCAUAAUCUUGUGCCACCGGCCGGGUGAUCGACCGCUGCGGCGCACGGAGACGCUGCUCGUGCGUUAAGAACUCUGAAUAGUGAAGCUGUCGACCUCAUCUCCAGCUCCAAGCGCUCACGGAACGCGAAUCGACGCACACACCAAGAGCAUGAUGACCAGACCGCCAACGCCGUGCGAAUCGACGCCACCGACGCCAAUGACAAUGAGUGCCCUCCAGUACACGGCCGUUCCCACCGUGAUCUGCCUGUCCGCCAUCGGCGGCGGCUACGCCAUCUGGCUCGCCGAGGGCAGGGACCCCUUCCUGCCGACGAUCAGCAACACGUGGGACACGGCGCCGGGCACGUACUUUAGCAGGUGGCUCGUCGGGCUGGCGACGGGCUGCCUCGCGUUAUUACAAGUAUUUAUAUACCCGGAGGCGGCGGCGGGCCGCGGCUCGACGAAACAAAAGUUGUGUCUGAGGGUGAGUCUGGCAGCUAUCUUGUGCCUGUCGGUCGUGGGGUCGAUCUGCGACAGCCCGAAUCGCCAAUGCAAAGGUAAUUUAUACGUGCACUCGUUCUUCGCCAUCACGUGGUUCGUUUUAUAUGAUCUUGUCAUGCUCGUUUCCUACGAGCAGGACUUGGUGCUGGCUUUGUUGGCGACCAUAUGCACCACUACAAGGACUACGUACCACACGCGGCUCUGGUGGGUCGCUUGCCUGGAGUGGACCAAUAUCUUGCUCGUGUUAGUGUGGUCGGCGCGGCGCGUCGAUCGUGAUCUGAGGUGGGGCUUCGGGCGACUGCAGAACACAAUCUGGAGUAUCACGAGCGACUCUUUACUGAAGCUUUGCGGCGUCAUAUACGUAUCCACCUUACUUGUGAGUUGCGUGAUGGGUCUGCACGCGGGCUACAUCCCACGAAACCACCGCCGCUUCUGGUUCAUCAGCGACAUGUGGACGCAGAUCCCGGGCAACUGGCUCUCGCGCUGGGCCGUGAUGCAGGGCUGCCAUGCCGGCUGGGUCGCGCAUGUGGCCAUGUUCGCUGAUACAACAUCAAAACUUAGAAAGAUGGGUCUGGUCGUGGCCAUUGUAUCGUUGGUUGGUUUAUCCAUCGUGGGCUGCUGCGACGAGUCCGAGAACUUUCCUUUGCACAUAACGGGGGCCCUCGUCUUCUUUUAUGGGUAUGACAUUUGGACGGUCUGCGCGGUGCUCGACGACGCCUCAUCGCGGGCGCGAGUUACGUGCGCGAUUGUAUGCUGGCUCUGCGCACCGAUCCAUAUGCGCCACAUUAUGCAUGUGCCGCCUUCCUUAUUAGACACGCUGGCCGUGCUCGAGUGGGCGAACGCGCUGGCGAUUAUUGGGUUCAUGCUCCUCGACGGCCUCGUGGCGCACCCGUCGGCGCUGGCCGUCGGCGUCGUCCGCGCCGUGCCGGACGGUUUGGAGAAGCCCCUCCUCUAG